AUGCCUCCAAAAAUGAGUGCCGAGAAUCUGCAACCGUUCGAGCGGAUCAUCUCGUUCGACGGCAUAGGCCCGCAACCUACCGAUCGUAUCCACGCGACCACUCAACAAAAUGCCGAGGAUAUUGUUGAUCAAUUUAUUUUGUCCGUCCUGAAUGACGCAUUGGAGCCAGCAGACUCACUUGACUACAAUAUCAUAAGUCAACUCUACGGUAGACUAUUAGUCGAAGACAGUACUCAGUCGCACAUCGCGCUUCAUACCCUCAGGACUUUGCAGUCCAGCAAAAAGGUCUCGCAUGAAGGACGAUUGGAAAUUCGAAAGUUUUUUGAAUUUUCAUCGAAGAUUCUAGCAAGAGAGUGGAAUUUAUACACAGACUUCCGUCACGCACUGGAUUCUAAGGAUAAAAUUCCAAUGCCGAGUCACCUGUCAGCACUGGAUACAGCGUCUGAAUUGAUUCAGACAUGCCCAGAGUGUUUUCUUUGGCUUCUCUCAUUGAGAAGUAUAGAAGCGAGUUACUUCAAUCGUGCAGGACAGAGCUUCUUUCACAUCGCGUUCCAUGCGGGGAAAUUGGAUCUUGCUGGUGAACUGAUAGUAAGGAUGACACCCGAACAACUUAUUCAACCAUCCGCAUUAUUCGCUCAUAAUCCAACUGAGACUAUUGUGCAAAUGUCCGUUAUGCAGCCAGAGCUGUUUACAGCUUGCUGGAAUAAAAUAGAAAGAGCACCAGCCCUCGAUCGUGAUCUAUGCAGCGUCCUCAACUUGAUGUACACUGACCGUAUUCAUAUAUGCCAAUUUGCGAACCAAGAACUUGCAGAACGAAUGCGGUUGCGCGGAAUUGACUUGUCAAGCACCGUACAUGAUUUCCCGUUAACAUCUUGGUGCAAAAUGGCGGAGUAUUAUCUGGAUCCUGUUUCCAUUUUCUCCUGGCUCUUAAAUUCAAAUUGCUGGCCACCUUCAAGCGGGGUUGUAUCGCAGUCCCCGCUCAUGACAGCAGCUCAUCACGACCGGUUACAAGCAACCCACUGGCUCUUGCACACUACAUAUGAUGCGAGCGAGAGAUGGGAAUGCGCUAUCAACACCGCCAAUCGACAGACAGCCGGUAGUAUCUUGAUCUUUGAAUGCGUCAUCAGACGUAUUACCUUACAUCCUGCAUUACAUCCCCCCGAUUGGCCCCAAAAGAUCUACUCUGCAGUUAUUCAAGGAGCCUGUGAAUGGGCAAGAAAUAAUGAUAUAAAGCAAAAGUCUGCAGUCGAGCAGUUCGCCAUCAAAAAGUUGAAAUUCUUAAAGGUUGCUGGUUGGUCUUUGGCCUCGCCAAUUGCAAACUGA